UUAUGCAUUGAAAUGGAGGUCUGUUGAUACAAUUUAAUAUUCCACCCAUUGCGCUUGAAUGAUUCUUGCAUUGACGAGUCUCAUAUCACAGGAAUUUUUGUACUGUAAACUGCUAUGUCUUGGACGCCCAAUCCGAACGCUAAACCGUUUUAUCCGACAAAUAUUUCCCAUAACUUUAACACACCUUGUUUUUCACGAGCUUGGAAUUUUUGCUUGAAGAGAUUAAUAAGGAAAUGUUUCAAAUGGCUGCUCGUGUUUAUUUUGAUUUUAACAACAUUGGUGAAUGUCUUAUUUGUUAUGAGCACUAAACCCAACGACAGAAAUGAUCUAUACGGACUUCCAAAUCAUUAUAGAAAGAAUAGACAGAUUGAAGAGAAGAGAGUAAUUAAUAUGGAUGAUAAAGAUUGUUGUAAGAUAAUCAACAUUGAAGUUCACUCCAGUAAAGAUAAUGUAUAUGUAUCAGUGAAUGGAACAAAGGUAAUGGAGGAAGAGACUUAUACAAGAGACGCAGCUAGUAGAGGUAUCCAUGUCACUGUUCUUCAUCAAUCAACUGGAGCAAUGAUGGCAACGAAAGUAUUUGAUACAUGUAGGUCAAAACAAGAGAGUGCUAACUUGGUUCAUUUUUUAAAUAUGAUUUCCGAUGGACGAAUUUUGUGUUUUGCAGUAAAGGAUGAAAUUGCACUUAACUUAGAGGAAACUGCUCGAGAUUUGCUGAAAAGUCUUGGUAGUGCUUAUGUUGAUGAACUAAAAUAUAGGGAUAGCUGGUCAUUUAUCGUCACAAAACGUGGCCAGAAAUACUCAGAGAAACAUCAUCACGCAGCAGACACAUCGAACUGGGCUGAGCCUGUCACUGCUCGUGCUACAGUUAAUCUUGUUCCUGCUAAACAAUCUCAAUGUGCUUGGGAUGACAGUGAAGAAUCAAAGCAAAGAAGAAUGUUUUGUGAUAAGUUUGAAGGCUAUGGAAGUUUAUGCAGUUGUAAUAAUCCUGCUCCAAUUGAAAUUAAAACAACACCGUUAAAGUUAGAAAAAAUUCAAGACAUUCCUGUUGCUGUGAUCGCUAGUAACAGGCCACAUUAUCUUUAUCGUGGCUUACGUUCAAUGUUGUCAGCUCAUGGAGCAAAGAAGGAGUUAUUUACUGUAUUUAUUGAUGGUUUCUUUGAAGAACCAGCUGCUGUGGCAAGGCUAUAUGAUGUGAAAGUCGAACAGCAUAUUCCUAUUAGCUGUGGGAUAUCUAGAAUAGCACAGCACUACAAGCGAACACUGACAGAGACGUUUAAUGCUUAUCCCAAUGCUCGGUAUAUGAUUAUUUUGGAAGAAGAUUUAGACGUAUCUGUGGACAUAUUUAGUUAUUUUAAUCAAUUGUUGCCUUUAAUGGAUACAGAUGAAAGUCUGUACUGUAUAUCGGCGUGGAAUGAUCAGAGUUACAAUCACACGUGUAAUGAUCCUGCAAUGUUAUAUCGUGUAGAAACAAUGCCUGGUUUAGGAUGGUUACUAAAACGACGUCUUUAUAAAGAUGAACUUGAGCCAAAAUGGCCCAAACCUGAUCAUUUUAUAAAUUGGGAUGAAUGGAUGAGGAUUGACAGGAUCAAGAAGGGACGUGAGUGUAUCAUUCCGGAUAUUUCAAGAACGUAUCAUUUUGGCGCUAAAGGCCAGCAUAUAAAUAUUGUCCUUCAAGAAUCUCUUUUCAAGACACGCAGUUUAAAUACUGUCUCUAAUGUUAAAUUUAAUGUUAGUUUGCUAAUAAAGAAGAAUUAUGAAAAUGAGAUCGAACGGUUGACCAGGUUAGCUGAGCCAUUGAAUCACAGUAAAAAUCCUUGUAAGAACGAGACAGAUUUUGUUCCAGAAACAUCCGGUAAAACAUAUAUAUAUUAUAUUGAAAUGAAACAUGCUAAAGACUGGACAACAUGGAAUAAUAUAGCGAGAUGUUUACGAAUCUGGUACAAAGAUGCUCGAGGAUUUCAUAAAAGUAUGUGGAGAUUGUGGUUAAAGGGUAAUCACGUGUUAAUUGUUGGAUCACCGGCUUCACCUUACGCCAAACAUAAACCAAUUAACGUAAAACCUAUUUUCAUUCCAUCAAAAAAUUAAAGGGGAUUUAUUAGUUGCAUUAAGAUCUUUAAAGCGGCUAUGAAACGAAAUUUUACCAUGUAGUUUCUGAUUUUAUUGCACAGAGCAUUUGAUUGAAAUGACGUAAUAUCUUCAUAAAUAGAUUUACUUUAUUUUACUUCUUGAGAUAUUUCACUUUAUCAUCGUGUAGAAACACCACUGCGACAUCACACUACAUAAUAACAUUUCAAAGACCAUAAAUUUUUCGUAUCUUAAAAACAUUCAUGUUGCAUGUACAACAUUUUAAUAAAUAAAAAUGAGUAGAUGUAUACGCGAUCUGAUUUCGAAAGUGAACAGGAAGCAAUCACCACAUUAGAUUUGCAAGAAAAUUCAAAGUGUACUCUGGAAACUUUGUGUAUACAGUUGGAGUAUUGUGAGAAGAGUACUCUAAGGAAUGUCAUUGACGAUGUAUAGUACAAGGACCAACAGAGAAUGUGGUGGGUGCUCCGUGAGGGUGUGGAGCAAUUAGUUCACGUUCAUUCACAGGGUAUGAUUCAAGGUUAAAGAGUUUGGUCUUUGGAUACAUUGCAAAGCUCCUUUUGGACUUGUAAGUUCCUUUUCGUUGAAUCGCAGUGUCAUGAAGAAAGUUACCCUUCUUUGAAUACGUAUUUGUUAAAGCAAUGAUUAGUUAGCUAGCCUGCUUGAAAACUUCCACUCAAAGCUUCCACUUGAAAAAAUGAAGAUCAUGAGAUAAACAAGCAAUAAAGAGACGAAGAAUUUAUAGCUACUGUCUUUCAAUGUCAAAAACUUUGUAUAGAUGUCUAUAUCGGGAGAGCCUUAACCAAUGUUUAGCACAGCAGCUACUUGGACAUCCUUUUAUCUCUCCAAAUCCCAUGUUGCACGGUUUAAGCAACAUCACUUCAGACGAGCUUGACGCUGAAAAAGAUCAAGGAAGAAAACAUCAUAGCUGUUAUGAUGGAGACGAGUAUCCUGAUUUGAUGCCUAUUCUUUUCGGCUACGUAGCGAGAAAUUCAAGAGUUCGGAAUGAAUUUGAGGUGUUGCAAAUGCUUGGAAAAAGGAGGGUUUGCUUCAGUUGAAAAGAUGUACAUCGUCCAUGUUCGUGUGGUCCAGAGAAGGACUGUUGGUGGCAAUGUUGGUUGAUAUCUUGUUUUGUUUAAAGUUAAGUAGAGAAUCACUGAAUCUCAUAGACAAUUGUUGUCUACCAGGGAUGAUUAGGGGUUUCUCUUGUCCAAUAAGGAGGGUGGAAGUAUUUUACUUAAAGGUAGGGGGGUUAUUGUAAAAUUCUGAUUACCUUACUUUGGGAUUAAGCCUUACUAAGAACAAUCGGCUAAAAUGGUUCUUAGCUAACAACUUGUACAUGAUCAGAUAUUAACAAUGUAACAAUUCGGCAAAAAAUGAAUUUAAGAUAACGAUAGAUUUUUUUCAAGGAAAUUGUUAGCAAUACUACUCUUCCUUGUUUGAUGAAAAUUAAAAUACAUACCAAUGAUAA